AUGGCAAUCAGCAAGAUGAAAUCAGCUAUCAUGCGAACCUACAACAUGAGGACAGCCUUCUUCAUAUUAUCCAUUCCAGUUUUUCUUCUUAUCAUUGUUUGUUACGCAUUAAUCGCGGACACCGUUGAUAAGCAGUUGGCGGAAACAUACACAUCUUCUUGUGUUCAGGGGGUAGUAGUCCACGCAGUCAAUAAACAACUCUCGUCGGAUACGCAAUUCGCCAUCAAAGCCUUCCAGAAACGCGUAAGGUCCACGAUACUUGCAGCAGUUGAUGUGGGUACUGAACACAUAUCAGAUUCCACAAAUUUUACCACGGGUCGUCUAGAAACCGAACUGUCAAAUGAAUACUUUACUAAUGAUUUAGACACCGCAGCAAGUAAGGUGUCUGGUCCACAACCGGUGCUACUGUUGACCUACAUGCGGAGUGGUUCCUCUGUGACGGGGGAGAUCCUACAGUACAGCAAGGGCACGUUCUAUGUCUUUGAACCACUGAGGGUCCUGUUUAACUACAUUAUAAAGAAUAAUCAUCCACUUAGAUUUGUAAAUGGGACCGUAUUGCGACCCGGAUCAUAUAAUUCCACAGACGUACUAAAGGAAGCACUGAAGGGUUGGUUUACUUGCAAUUUCAGCACCAUUUACCAGUUGUCAUUCAAAGACUAUGUUUUCCUUAACUUAAGCUCGAAAGCUCGCAAUUUUGUUUCGUGUUUGAAUACGGAUGGAGUUCAUAAAUCAGUACUCUUUGCAGACUGUUUAGAAAAGUUUGAGAAAAUUUGUCGCGAGUCUAAAUUUGUGGUUGUGAAGACGAUACGAACGUCAAUGAAAGUAGCCCAAGAGUUGAUGGAGUUUAUACCAAAUCUUAAGGUCAUCCACCUUGUGCGAGAUGCGCGUCAAACCGCCAUGUCUCAAGCAAGACGAGAAGGAUGUGGGCUUAAAGGAAUAGUGAAUUGUGCUAAAAGCUUGUGUAAAGUGGCAACGGAAGAUGAUGAGGUAAAAACAGCCAUGGAAAAAAGGCACAGAGUUUUGACGGUGAGAUAUGAAGAGGUCGCUACCAUGCCCGUAAAUGCAACGCGAGCCAUGUAUAAUUUCGUUGGGUUAGCUUUCACGAAGGAGGUUGAGUCGUACGUGACACGAAUAACAACGGGCGGUAACCACUCAGAGUGUGAAACGUGCAAAUUAAAAUGGCAAAUGGGCAAUUCAUCACAGAGUUCUGUGGUACACAUUGACACAUGGAAAAAAGAAAUGAGACCAUCCGUAAUAGUCAGUGUUCAGCUAUUGUGCGAAAAGUAUUUGACUAGAUAUGGGUAUAAGUUGUUCAAGUGAAACUAUUCUGAAAUUAAAUAAUAAUAUUGACAAUGCACUGAACGUAAGCGUCAGGUAAAAAGCCAGCCUGAUAUAUUAAUGCCAAAUAAGGACUAAUCCGCUCAUGUGGGCAAACACCCAAUCGCUUUUUUUCCAGUUGUUCUGAACCCUGAUCGUCCACUCACCACUCCAUAUCGUAUCCCGACUGCGCUGAAAUCUCUUUUUUAAGAGAUACAACCAGAUUAUUACAAAAUAAUAUACUAUCUAUUGUUAAAUCAAUUUUCGCUAAAAAUAAGUUGCCAUGAUACCCGGAAAUAUUCUUAUUAAAUGACAAAAUAAGAUUGUUAGACAGAAAGAAUAUAAUUUUUAUUUUUAGACCAACG